ACACGUCGCCGGCGCCAUGUUCCAAGCCCUGGCUAUCUUUAAGGACACCAAUGGCCUCUUCAUCGGAGAUGUCUCCGGCGCCAUGCAUGUUUGCUUAGCUGGAGAGGCUUGCGGAGGAACCCUCCUCUCCAACAAGUCUGGAGGAGGAUCCAGGACUCCCUACUCUCACGGUGUUGCCGGAUACUUCGGCCUCUACGGAACCGGUCAGUUUGACGGUCAGAGCUCUGGACACGACUUCUACGGCACUAUCUACAUGCCACCCACGGGUUUUGUCAACAACUGCGACGGUGGACGCAGCCACACCUAUUGUGACUACAGGCAGCAGUAAAAACUUCUCACUUUGGGAUCUCUCUAGAUUGCAGAUGAAUCGAAAUCUCUCUAGAUAGCUGUUAAUUUUAUGCAAGAAUCUUUAUCACCAUCAAA